AUGGAUUUGGCUCCACCAUCCAAACUCUCCUUUAAACAGGCAUGUGAUAAUUGUCGCCGGCGCAAGAUCAAAUGUUCUCGCGAACUACCGUGUGAUAAAUGCCAGCGCCUGCUUCUAUCUUGCUCCUAUAGCGAUGUCCUGCGUCGUAAAGGGCCGAAGUUUCGGACCCUCUAUCCCCUGGCCCCCAUCCAUCCGCUAUCGGCCCGAAAUGAUGGCAAUCAGGAGCAAUUCUAUGCCGACCAAGACGGUUACCCCGACGCAAACUACAGAAUGAGCUCUCCGGCCUCUCCGGCCUUUGCGGUGGCCGAUGCCCAGUAUGUGCCGCAGGAUCUGUCGGAUACUCUCUCCCAAUUACCCCCGCCAGAGCUGGUUUCUUCCCCAGAUUCGACCGAUUCAACUAUCGAGUCAAUUCGGGGCCAAACGCAAGCUCUACCACAUGCACGCCGUCUCUCACCCCAAAUCUUGCUGGCCCAUGUCAAUGUUUAUUUAAAAUACCUGUUCCCGAUCAUGCCAGUCGUGCGCGGCGAGCAGCUUCGUCGGGAUAGUGAGCAGCCAGAACUUCUUUCGCCCUCUCGAUACGCAUUUCUAGCUUCCAUCUGCGCAGCAACUCACAUUCAGCUGAAGCUUGAUGGUGACACGCCAGUUCCGGAUCCCGCUCGUUUACAGAGCUUGGGUGACGGUCACUCCCUAGUAUCGGGAGAGAAGCUUUUAGCAGAAGCCGUGCGGGCACGCCGGGAAUGUGACAUUAUGGAAGACGUCAGCAUCGAGACUCUACUGACUUCAUUCUUCUUGUUCGCAUCCUAUGGCAAUCUUGACAAACAAAGCCAUGCCUGGUACUACUUGUGCGAGGCAACCUCGAUGACAUUUACUCUGGGCCUGCAUCGAGAAUCUACAUAUGCGGAUCUCAGUGUAGAAGACGCAGAAGAAAGGCGGCGAAUAUUCUGGCUGCUCUUUAUUACAGAGAGAGGCUAUGCGCUCCAACAAGCCAAGCCAGUCAUGCUCCGAAGUUCGAUCCACAAACCACAAGUCCUUUGUUCCGAAGACCCUAUUCUCGCAUAUGGCUUCAUCAACUUGAUCGGUAUUUUUGAGAAACUCACCCCAAAUCUCUACGACUGGGUCUCCGCAGGCGGCGGAGAGGGGCUCUUGGAAAGGCCUCCCACAUCCGCCAUCCAGUCCAGCCUGUGCAAACCCAUCUCGCUUGAUGGAGUGAUGGAAAUCCAACAAGUUGACAUCCUCAUCACUCAACAAUGGCUCCAAGCGAUGAUGUGGAAAUUGUCUAUGAACCAUGCCACUCAACCCGGCGCCCGCGACGAGAGUGUGCUGCCUUUCCAUUUACCGGUUCUAGUCGGCAAGGCCGUGAUGAGUGUGAUUGGAUCUGCAUCUCAGGGUGCGGUAGAUGCCCAUGGUAUUGGAAUGGAGCAAAAACUAUUCGACAUGGGCACAUCGGUCGCCGAUGUUACGCGCUCGCUGGGUACUAAGGCAGUCCAUAGACUUGCAGAGUCCACAGUCGAUCCUCGAGAACUCCUCUGGGGCAUCCUGCAUACCUUAUCACAGAUCCGAGGCUCGCCAUCGUACCUCUUCCCCGCUCUUCUAGAACGAUGCAAGUCCGUGUUGGGACUUGAUUGCACCCUAACCAUUGGCAACUUCCUACCAGCUCUGGAUGCUCAUGCGCAUGAUCAAGGAAAUACAUGGACCGGCGAGCAGAAUUGGGAUUUGCUCGCGGCAUGUCGGGAUCUACAUGUAAUCCGCGAGGUGGAAGGUGACCAGAAUGAGCAAGUUCCUGCUCACCUCUCCGGCGUGGGUUCGGGUGGUGAACUGGGAUAUCAGGAUUGUCUCCUACCUUGA